AUGUCUGACUCUUCGAUGGAUUCCGUAUGGGAGGAAGCAAACAGUCAACGUACCAUGAUGGAUACCACCCAUGAAGAUGUGGGACAAGUAAAUGCAUUAUCGGAGCACACUAUUGGUUCCGAACAGUUACCAGUUGCUGUUAAAAAUCACGAUGAUGAUGAAGAAGAGGAUAUAAAUGAUGAUGAUGAAGAGGACAAUGAUGAAGAAUUAAUGGAUGAUGAUGAAGCCGAUGAUAUGGAAGAUGAUUUUUUAAAUGACGAUGAAGAGGAUAUUAUUAUACAGCAAGAUGAAAACAUUUCCACAAUAGAAGAAUCCAAUGUCGUUGAUGAUCGGAGCGUUUUACCCACCAAAUAUGGUUCCGAUUUGAAUACAGAAAAUAACGAUAAUACGAGUACGCAACAAGAAGAUGAAGACACAACCAUCCUUACGACCACCAAUGAUGAUCUGAUUGAAGAAAAUCAAAAUGAAGAUGAACCAACCCUUGAAACAACAGAAACAACAACAAACACGACAAGAAACGAAAAUACAUGCACGAUAUCCUCUGCAAAUCAAUCAAGCUUCUCUGCAUUAAUUUCUGCUUUUUUGAAAGGAAAACAAAAUAUUCUUGCAGAAAAAGAAGAAUCACUCGCCAAAAAUAUUUAUUCCACAGCCCUUAAUUUUCAUUCCAAAGGAGACUUCAAUACUGCUAUUGAUUACUAUAAUAGGCUUCUAAAUAGAGAGUUUAUUGUGAAUGCCGUUUCUGAGAGAGUGGAUGAGGAAAGCUCCUAUUUUGAUAUCAAGUCCAAUAUUUUUCUGUAUUUGAAAUAUUUGGCUUUAAAAAACCUAGGAAGUGCCUUCAUGUCUAUCAAAAAGUUUUUAGAAGCAUCAAUUUGUUUAGCCAAAGCAUUGAAAAUUGAUGCUUCAGAUGCUUCUCUAUGGUAUGACUAUGCUGUAGCGUCGAUUAUGAUUAAUGACCUAAGUACUGCAAGAUUAGCUCUCGAACAAACAUUAAUUAUCAACCCAAAUCAUCACUUAGCUACAAUGCACUUACUUGAAUUAAUAUAUAUAAUUGGAGAUGUAGAAGAAUGUAAUAUCUUAUCAAAACAAGUUUUGAAAUACGAUCCACACAAUAAGACUGCCCAAUUUAUACAUUAUGAGAGCAAUCCAAAUCCAUUUAAUCUAAUGUUUCUCCCUAAAUCUCCUCUCAAUGACCUGACACGGAAAUGGGCUAUGUUUGCAUGUCCAGACGUUGAGCAAGAAUCACCAAAACUCUACAGAAUUACCUUACAAGAAGCAGAUUGGACAAACAUUUUAACGAGGAUUUGCUCUCUUUAUUCUAACCUACUAAAGCAAGGACAAUUGGAUAGUAUUGUCAAAAUAGUGGUCGAAAGACCAUCACAAAUCAUAGACGAAAGUGAAGCAUCACCGUUGACUGCUGAGGGAGAGUCUAGCCAAAAUGGAAAAAGAAAAAGAAGUUUUGUAGCAAAAAUGCAAACGCCCUCCAAAUCUUCAAAACAAAUGUCAGGACCAGCACAAGUGAACAGUCAAAAAAAGGAUACUACAUACAAGAAUGAAAAGCUAGAAGACUCCAUUAUUACAUGUGAUGAAUUACCUAAUAAUAACCUUCUUUUAAUACUUAAAGAUGUGACCGUACAACCAAUACUUGAAGUAAUGCAACUUUUGAUAGAGAAAUUAACAUGUGACUAUUGGAUGUACAAGUGGCCAGAGGCAGUAAUCAAAGGUGUUUGUUUCAGCGCCUUCUCUUUGAUGAAACACAAAAUUGAACUGAGUUUUGAGUGUAUACUUUGUGUAGCUGAAAUUUUGUGUGGAAGUUAUGAAAAAGACACUAACACGGAAAUUAAUCUCUCAAAAGCUCGUCGACUUUUUAGCAAUUUAGAAUCAAAGUUAUUAUCAUCUCGCCAUGUGCUUCAGAUUACUCCCACAAAUAUCAUAAGAUUACUAUGGGUGCGAGGUGUAAUUGAUCAAUACAUGGGAAACUCUCCAUCUUCUAAGAAAUGGUUAGAUCAAUGUUUAAUGCACUUCCAAGAAAUUUCAUCUCAGGAAAUUUUGCUUCCAAAUUGCAGUAAGAAUAACAAGAUUAAUCAGGAUUCUAUUAAUCGUAAAUUGAAUGAAAUGAGUUUUAACAAAAAAGUGGACUUGAUGAGCAAAUUAAUUGCACAGCACCAGUAUAACCAAGCCUUAAGCAACAUAUCAAGAGAUUUUCUUAUUUCCUUACCAAGCGGUGCUCGUUCCACUGUUAGGGAACUUAUGUAUAAAUCUUUGAAGCAUGUGGACUCACUUGAAAUUAUUUCAAAAGAAACUUUAUUGCAUAUGCUUCACUUUUUGCUUGCAGAUAUCACCAAACAAACCAUUGAGAAUAUCAAUUUAAAACCUUUCAAGGCACUCUUACCUAAACUAGUGAAAAAGGUAUCAUCUAUGGAAGAUGUUUUACCUGAUAUUGCAGGAAUAAUAGCCAUGAAAGUGUUGAUAAUAUUGGAAGCUGAAUUUCUUGUCGCAAAGAAAGAUGAAUCUGAACUUUUAAAUAUGACUUAUUUAUUGGAGCUGUUCUAUUAUCUUGCUCCAUUUCAAAAUAAUACAAAAAGAAAAGAGUAUUUACAGUUUAUCCGUAAGAGAAUAAUUCUGGAUAUGAAAAAGAGAAUCAAGUCCUUCUUGGUCUUUCUUCUAAAAGAAUUUCACAACCUACGGAAACAGCUCCCUGAAAAAUCAUCCGACAAAAACGACCUGCUACGCGAAGUGUCAUAUUCAAUAUAUUAUCUUUACGGCAAAUUUAUACCAAUUACUGACAAUGAUGUUGCUCCAAAAGCUGCACCGUUCCAGAGUACGCAAGAUGCUAUUGAAAAAGACAAGGAUACCUGCUUAUUACUGUACCAAGCGAUUAAGGAAUUUCUAGAAUCAAGAUUAGAAAAGACCAACAAACUUCGAAAGCAAAUUCCAGAAAUACUAGUUAUCAUUUACAAUACAAUUAAUAUGUUGCCUGAAGAAGCUCAAAGUGCUCAACAAGAAAUAAGAAGCAUCAUUGAUGAUAAGACAAUUGAUUUAGACAAGUCCAUAACAAUUCCAACCGUUCCUCUUAAUGACGAUGUAAAAGACAUGUACGAGAAUUGUUUUUACUACUUGUAUUUGUACAAGAGCAAAGGCAUAUCAACAGACAAUAUCUUCGAGGAGGACUCAGAAGAAUACUCAGAUUUUGUGUAUCUAUUAAGAAAAGCUGUAUGUUGCAAACCCAUGGACUUGUCCUAUUGGGAAGCCCUUGCAGAGAAGUAUUGGAAAGUCUUGCAACUCAUGUUUGCUGUUGCAGAUUCUCCCAGCCAUCACGACAAUUUUCUAUUUAAAAAAGCAAUUGAAAGAGGAAAAAUUGGCUUACCGGAAGCUGUCACAUCAUUCAAGUCAGACCUUGAAUCCAUUCUUUUCAAGUACCUUCAUUGUUUGCAAGUUUGUCUUCAACUAGCAUCUAAGAACGAGGAUCUGUAUUCUAUUCACUUUAAAUUAGGACAAGUUUUGUUUGAAAUGCUGGAUUGUCCUGAACUACCGAAAGAACAAGUGAACGAACAAAUGGAUGGAGAAGUGAAUGGGCAACUGGCCUUACUGAGAUUGCAAUCCAAAUCUUAUUUCGCCAAUCAUUGUUUCCAAUAUUUAGAGUCAGCAUCAAAGAUAGACAAGAGAGAUUUGUCACAAAUCUAUUUCCUCAUGGCAAGAAUACGUGAGAAAUUUGACGCUCCCUCUUCAGAAUAUUUACCAUUAUUCAUAUCAGCUCUCAAAGCAACCCCUUUCAAGAAUCCAAGGAUGGAAAAUAUUUACUUCUACUAUGUGUUAUCUUUAUUGAAAACCUUAAUAGCCGAUCAAAAUACUACUAUUGAUGAGAAGUAUUUAUACACAGUGGAGGUGGAUACUUUGUCAAUAACCACUACAUUAGACAUUAAGUGUCCAAUCAUCAACAAUCUUCCAAUCAACAAUCCCUCUGUCAAUCUGAAGAUAUGGACUACUCUGCUCUCUGGAGUGUAUGAUGUUCUGAAAUUAUUUCCCAGUUCUUUUAGAUAUGGCUAUCUUAUUGCAAAAAUGUUGGAAUCCGAGCGAGGACCAUGGGCCUCCAAGAAAGCAGCUGAGGAAGUUCUCUCAUCUAUCAUUACCAAGAAAGAAAACAAGCAAAUGCCACCUACGAUUGAGUUCAACUCCAAGUAUGAAUUUGCACCUACGAUUGAAAAAAGACAUCAACGAGAAUGGAAAGCAACCACUCUUUCAUUCUUUCUAACGAUUUUGGCAUACAACAGAAACAUUGAAUAUUUGCUUUAUAUCAUCUAUUGGCUUAAACACAACCUUCUUGAAAGAGACAAACAUUUGUUCAGUCUGUAUCCUGAAGUUCUCUACUGUGCAGGCAAGACAUUAAUAUCCAUUCACACUGAGCAACCCUCACAAGACUUGAUUACAUAUGCUAUUCCUAUCUAUUGCUACAUUUUAGAAUUGACCAAUAAGGAUCAACAACAACAACAGCAGCAGCAACUCGUAAAUGUACAGAAAGCGGUCAAGACAUUGCUAGAAAAAUAUCCAAAAACGAAAGACAUCAUGUCAAGCAAGCAUGCUGAAAAGAAAUUACGAGAAUUUUAUGAAAAGGAAUAUCUGGUGGAUCUUGUCAAGUUCAAGAAAUUGGAAAAGAAAGAUGUCAAAGAAUCCAAACCUGAAAAGAAGAAGAAGAAAUCAAAGGAUAAAGACAAGACUGAAGAUAAAACUAAGAAUAAGGAACAUGCUAAAGAUCAUUCUAAGGAUGAAAAAAAGAAAGAAGGCAAAAAGAAAGACACAACAGAGAAAAAGACAUCUGAAAAGAAAGAAAAGAGUGAAAAGAAGAAGAGUGAAGCAUCAAAGAGCUCUUCCACUGCUACUACUACUGCUACUACUUCUACUACAAGUGAUCAACUACAAUUCCACAUGAUGGAAACACCAAAGAAGAAGAAGAAACAAGAUGGCUCAAGUACAACAACAUCGUCCUCAAGUGGCAGCACGAACAACUCUCUCAUCAUGUCCACACCACCAUCCAAAUCUCAAAGCACGAACAACAACAACACGACUCCUCCUGGAGGUAAAGGAUUUGUCUUUCAUCACUAUCAACCACAAGCUCAAUUACCAACGACACAAAAACAUACAUCUCCAUCCUCAAAGAAGUCAUCUCCUGCUUCGUUAAAAUCACUCCUAGAAACACCUUUCUCAACCAACAUCUUUUUUCCUUCAGCACAACCUCAAGCCACAAGAAGUGUUGUGGCAUCUUCAAGUAAUACAAGUGGAGAAUCUCGAACAUUUAUAUCAAUAGAUGAUGUGUCUACAUCAUCUUCAACUGUUGGUAGUAAUAAUGGUGGUGGUGGUGGUAGUAGUGGUAACAUGAGUGAAUCUAAGAGUCAUUUGAGCCAAAUUUUGUCACCAGUUUCAUUCAGAAAAAGUAACCUUCAGAGUUCCUCAAAUGCUCAAAGAAAAGAAGAAACAACCACUGAAGAAGUGAUUGUUGUGAUCAGUGAUAGCGAUUCUGAUUAG